UUUGCGAUUCUCAACAAGAAGACGGUUCCUUUACUCUAAGUCCUUUAAUAAAUGAACAUCUCAAUAUGAACCCAAAUGACGCUAUUAAAUCCCUUAAGCGAUUCGUUGGUAGUCCCCGAUUAAGAGGAUGCGAUGAUUCUGUUUGGCACACAGCUUUUACGAUCUAUUAUCUUAAGAACAUAUUACCAGAUCAUGAAAAUGUAUGGCGUGAUGCCUGUGAUCGUGCUAGUAAAUGGUUGUCUAAGCAGAUCGAUGAUGAGAAAUUGGAGAAAGAAUUAUUCUCGGCAUGUAAACAAUACUUAAUUAAACAAGGAAGUCGUGUCCUUUAUUCAACUAAACGAAAAAAUAGAGAAAGCUUUAGGGUUCAUAGGCUUAAUGUCGACGACGAAACACGUAAAACGGUUUUUGAUUAUUUACGUUCUAAGGGCACUGCAGAUAUUGCUCGUUCACUUUGUUCUGCGCAGGAAAGCAAUGGAACAUUUUCUCCACAAACUUUAACCACGUUACAUCCAUUAAUUCCUUCACCGGAAAGUGCUGUUGAAUCUCUUAAACUUUUCGCUAGUAGACCAAAACUUAGAAAUUGUGUUGAUUCAAUUUGGCAUACAGCCUUUACAAUUUAUUAUCUUAAAAAUGUUUUGGUAGACUAUGAAGAUGAAUGGCGCACUGCCUGUGAACGUGCCAGCAAUUGGAUAAAUGAUCAGAUUGAGGAUCCUGAACUAGAAAAGGAAUUAUACUCAGCUUGUGAACAAUAUUUAAUUCAACAAGGUGUCGAUUUCAUUAACAAAGAAGGUGGAAUUAUGGAAGAGUCCCAAGAAGAGGUCGAUGUUAUUGUACUUCAAGUUAGCGACGAAACACGUAAAGCCGUUCAUAAAAGUCUUUGUGAUGAUGUCACAGAUGAA